AUGGAUGGUGUAAUAUUAAGGAAUUUGGUGUCAUGCAGCAGUGAGGACAAUACUCACAGAGCGGAGAGCCUCCUGAGCUCCGACACGAACAGGAAAUGGAAAGCUGCGAGACCUGCAGAGAAGCACGUUUCAGUCAUUCUUCAGUUGGAAAAGGAAGAGCAAAUUCACAGCAUAGACAUUGGAAAUGAAGGCUCUGCUUUCAUUGAGGUCCUUGUUGGACACUCCACGUCAGUCAAAGACCAAAACUUUGAGGUUCUGCUGGUCACGUCGUCCUUCAUGUCGCCCACAGAGAGCCGUAACGGCACGAACACAAACCGCGUGCGCUUCUUCGGGCCGAGCCAGCUGCUGAAGGCCACGGCGCAGGAGAAGUGGGACUGUGUGAAGAUCGUGUGCAGUCAGCCGUACAGCAAGUCUCUAGCGUAUGGAGUCGCCUUCAUAAAGCUGCACUCUCCUCCGGACGCUGACGAUGUCCCCGUCUCGACUCCUCCGAAACUCACUAAACUGGGUCAGUUCAGAGUCAGAGACGAAUCCCCUUCCUCUGGCUCUGAUAUCCAGCCGGGAAGCCUGUUCUUCGGCAGAGACAGCGCUGCUAAAACCAGCACAGGACUCAAGGGUAACGCACUUCACAGGAUUAAUGGACACUGUUUGUAAUGAAACCAUGAUGUAAUGAUUAACCGUGAGAUGAUUAAAAAUCGAUUUAAAUAAGUGACGAUUCAAAUCGGUUGAGAUGC